CAUAUAGGAAAAAGCAUCAGUGUUGACAACAUCUCCAACAACAUAAGACAGAACUUCACACCGCUGUGGCUCAAAAUGGCCGCCAUCCUCACCUCCAGUGAGUCUUACUUUAAUGCUGAGGUUGGCGAGUAUCAGGAGUUACCCAUACCCGAACCCAAGGAGGCUGCGAAAGAGAUGACCACCACUCCCAAAUUCGGACACCUUCGUGUGGUUCUCCUGGGCGUCGGCCUGCUGUGUAUUCUUCAAGGAAGCCUCAACAUCGCUCUGAGACUCGCUCUCAGUAAGCCUUCUGUUAAAGUUGAGACAGAGGGACGCAGCUGUCCUCGGGGCUGGCUGAUGUUCACCUCCAGCUGUUACUACAUCUCCUCUCAGCGAAACAGGAGAAACUGGGACGAAAGCCGGGAGGACUGCCUGCAGAGAAACGCCGACCUGGUGGUCAUCAACAGCAGACAGGAACAGGCCUUCCUCACUGGAUUCACAGAGGCAGCGUGGGUCGGGAUGACUGACAGGGAGCAGGAGGGGACUUGGCUGUGGGUCGAUGGAACAGAAGUGGACAAAGACAGGUUGCAGUGGGCGAGGGGUCAGCCUGAUGGAGCGUUCGGAGGAGAAGACUGUGGCGACCUUCACACGAUGAUCACUUUCAUCGGCUUGAACGACUUCAACUGCAGCGCCAGAGCCCAGUGGAUCUGUGAGAAAAGGUUACAGUCGUUUGCACUGAGUCAUGGUGUGUAACACACAGUCAGUACUAAGAUGUUACUAUAUCAUUGCAGGUCAUAACAUCUGACUUCUCUUUGAACUCUUCUCAUUCUUCUGUCUCCUGUUUCUUUAUUAUAAAAUCUUUAGGCUCAAAUAUUCAACAUGCAACACAGACCUCUGUUUUCAAUGUAGGAAUCGUUAAGAUACAGGGUUUCAUUCUUUUAUCAUUUCUGUUUCUCUUUAAUGUCUUUCUUUCUUUUCUGUUACUUUUGCCCUUGAUGUAUCAGGUGAGACAUUGUUUGGAUGUAAUUAAUAUUUAAUUAAUCAUCUAACAAGAUCAAAGUGAUUCAGACUUGAAUUAACCCAUUAAUGAUCAGCUACUAAAUUUAAUACGUUAAGGAAAAAUCCCACUGAUUAUUUUUCUGUUGUGGCUGCUGGUUAGCUGAAAAUACAUGUGGCUACAAUAAAUGGGAAACAUUUUUUGUGAUAGCAUAUUUAUCAUGCCCUAAUUGGUAGAAAAAGUUGUUAAUCAAUAAAAAAAAAUCAAUAAAUCACAAAAAAAUACUUCUGCAUAUAUUAUUGUAAUUUAAAGGUCACAUAUUAUGCAAAAUAUACAUUACCAUGUUUUUCUAACACAAAUGUCCCUAUAGUCUGUCUACAAACCCCCCAAUUAUAAGAAAGGUCCAUCAUUUAUUUUAAAUUAUUUUAAAGUAAUGAAACCAGAAAACCUUUAUGAUGAUUUAAAGCUUUGAAGUGUGAGAAUAAUGAAAACAAGUACUUGCGAGAACAUAUGAUAACCGAGGAUGACUGUGCUGAUGUGUUAUAAUAUGACUGUGUGAGACAUUUGCUAAAGACAACUGUUGUCAUCACACCUGGACCACAAAUUUCCUGUUAAGCAGAUGCCUCUGCACGAACUUCUGCCUUUCUUUGAAUUAAGAUACAGACUCGGUCUUUGUUUACCACAAAUCUGCCUAAAACAGUUCUAUAUCCAUCCUUCCCCUUUGAAUACAAUGUAUGAAAGUGUGUUCCCUCUUUGCCCCCUUUGAGCUUCUCUGCAGACUGCAUGACACUCUGUACUGCUGCUCCUUAUUUCAAGAAUAAAAGAACAACGAAAGCCA